AUGGUCGAGGAGAAAACAGGAGAUAUGACAAGGUAUUGCGGUCGGACCAGACAAAAGGGCCAUGGAAGGGGGCUUACACAAGAGAGCGAAACCCCAAGGAGACACAACGAGGGAGCAAUUAGAUCUAAAUGUCAGAUCACUAGCGCUAACCGUGUUUCGUGUCCAGACGUGGAGCAUUGCUGGCCAGUGCGCAAUAUCAAGAGCAAUCUCAAAACCGUCCGAGGAUUCGAAUCUAGGCUUGAUUGCCAAUGGGCUGGCUCCUCCAUCAGCACAAAGAGGCAGGGCCAUCCCAAGCAACGGGCGCCGUGGCCAUCCAUGGCCGGGGCGAUUCUCAUUCAACGUCCGGCAGCUGUCGCGUCAUCCGGGUACUCCAAUACGUAUGCAUUCCAAUAUCGCUCACUGUCGGCUCGUCUCUCCGUAUGGAAAGAUUGGUUCGGGAGUACACGAACGAAUCGAGUCCAAGACAACCUGGCCAAAAAGUGGUUCAAACACCGAACCGUUGCGGCCUUGCCCCAAUCGGCCACUUUCAUGACCGAUCACAGCUUCACGGGUCGUCAAGCCUCUUCCUUCGAAGCGGGGAAAUGCGACCCCCAUGAGUCCACGGAAGUAUCGAGUUCACCGUCAUCACCCCCGAACAAGGUCGACAUGAUGGACAAGCAUGCCACGGGGUGCCCUGGUUAUUCAAUAUACGCUUGCCUAUACGAAGAAGCCGUCUCGUCUUUGACAUGGACCCUACAGACUGACAACUUUGACCCUUGCCGUACUUGUCGUCAACGUUCCGCCGUUACCUAUCAACUACUGGGUAGUUCAGAAGACGACCCCGACUGCAAUCCUUCCGAUCUGAACGCCCGCUCAUCAGGGGUCGCAGCUCCAUGGCUUCCCCUUAACUGUCCUGCCGGUGACUUCGCCACUUCGCGCCCAACAGGGCUGGCUCCUGAGCGACCAGCUUUCGACGAGAUGGAGGGUGAAUCGAUAUGGAUGCAGACGGACUGGGCUGUGGGAUGCUCCCGACCGGCACGGCAGUGGAUCAAGCCACCAACCUUGUCCACAUUCUUCCGCCUAGCCCAUCAGUGGAUCUCGAAGAAUCCUGCUGCCUGGAAGUCAUCACAGUUCGUCGCCAUGCCCGCAGAGCGUAAGCGACAAGAGAGCCGACGAGCGGCUACCGAGUAUCUCAACAGACUACUAGCACCAUCGUUUGGCUGGUAG